UCUAAUUCUGUUAAUGAACCUAUAAAGCUUCAAGUUGAAGUGAAAAUACGUGGUAUGUAUGGAUAUAAAGAGGACUCCGGAAUGAAAGAAUACAUAGAAUAUACGCCUAUUGUUAUUUCCUGCAUGUUUCGAGAUUUAAAGCUAGCUAGGAAGCUAAUCAAUGCGGGGGCGGACAUUAAUUUGUCUGUCAGGAGUUAUAAGCAUAUGCCGGAGAUGGAGGCGGUGCCACCAUUGUACUAUGCUAUAGCAGCAAGGGAUGAAGACAUUGUACAGCUGUUGUUAGAUACAGGUGCGGAUGUGAACAAAUAUAAAGGCUAUAAGCAGUUCAUUAAUCUACAAAAGCCAGAGAUAGAGUUAUACAGUAUUGUUCAACCGAAAUAUUCAAUAAAUGUGCCAGCAACUUCUCAUCGCCCAUCAUCGCCUAUGACAAGAAUACUUGAACUUUAUUUGAUGGCUGGGGCGAAGUUAAAUACAACUCGCUGGGGACACUGUUUCUUUUAUGGGAGAGGAAAAGUCUACGAGGCAAAUAGUCCUACAACACUGCAUAUUCCGGGACCGUGUUUUACGUGUGACACGGCUGUUCUUCUUCUUCAACACGGCAUUGAUCCUGAUCAGUAUAAACUCAGCGACGUAUUACAACAAUUUGCGUACCAUAAUCUUUUUGAUUCUAGGAGGAAGUGUGUAGGUUUUCAUAUUAUGCUGCAAACAUUUAUUGCGGCCGGUUAUCACUACACAAGCGAUGAUCUAGACUGUAGUUAUACUAAGACAGAAAUGACAGAAAAUGGCAUUAAUAUGGAUGAACCACCAAGCUUAAAACAAAGUUGCCGUUCAAUAAUUAGGAAGCAAUUGCGGAUACUUAAUAAAGAUACCUCCAUUUUUCCUCCUGUUAACAAGUUACUUAUCCCACUUUCAUUAAAGGAUUACCUGAAAUUGUACAAUGUCAUUGACUUAAACAAAAGUUUAAUACAAUGUACACUUAAGUACAUGUAA